UUUGCUUUCCUCCCUUCCAAAAUUCAAACGAAGCCCUAGGCUCCAAACAGCCCUAGGCUUUCCGCAUUGCGGCGCGGCCUCAGCGGCGGCCGGCGGCGUGGGCUCCGGCGGCUCGAGCUCCGGCAGCGCCGGCGGCGGACGGCUUCCUUUUGGUCUUGCGCGCGUAGGAAAUCGAAGCCUUCGUUUGACGAUUCCUUCCCAAAGCUAAGCCCCUACCAAAUGGAGAAGUUCCUCGUGGCGGCGCCUCCACCUUCCGGCGAUGCUCCGGCGGCACCGGUUCCUCCGAGACGGCACCGGUGGAGCCGCGUCGCCGCCGAGCUGGACGGCCGCAUCGACGCUAGGUUUCGGCACCGGGAGUCCGUUCGCCUGCGCGAUUCGUUCUCCGAGAUAAGGACCUUCAGUCACAAUUACUACAUGGAAGGCCAGGAGCGAUGUACAACAUAUAUGAAUCGAGUUGUUAACGAUUCAGUCCUGGGAUUUCAAGCAGUAAGAGAGGGGAUUUCAGCAAUGGAAUUUGAUAAAAAGGGAAUAUACCUUGCAUCAGUUACAGCCUCGGGAUGUUUAACCGUGCAUGAUUUUGAGACCUUAUACUGCUCCACAUAUGGUCCAUCACGGGGUUUGCCAGAUGAAUCAUCAAACUAUUUGCUACAUAUAUCAAACUCAAUGCCCCUAUGUGCUGUCCGAUGGAAUCCAGCAAAUCAAGAUGAGAUAGUUUGUGUAUCUAGACAAACUGACAUGGUUCUCCUGUUUGAUAUUGGCUGUGUCUCGUCCACGCCAACUGAAAUUUUACGGAAAGGAAGAUCCAGAUAUCCUGUGCUCUCUGAAUUCCGCAAAGGUUUGACUGAUGUAGCUUUUUCUUCAGAUGAUAAGUCAUGGUUAUUUGCAUCUGGCCUUGAUGGAGCGGUCUUCAUGUGGGACAUGCGGCUAAGUAAAAAACACUGUCUUGAGCUCAUAGGACAUCCAGAAUCUCAAUUUAGCAGUGUCAAGCUAAAUAUAGAUAACCGGACCGUGUUUGCUGCAACUAAAGAGGGCACCGUUCAUGCCUGGGAUCUCCGUGGAGGGAGGGCAUCAGCUGCUUUUCAAAGCCAUAAUGAGGUUCAACAAUUAUCAUCAGUGAAGAUAUCAACUUUGUUGGGCAAAAUUCCAUCGCUAAAGGACCAAACGAACAUUGUGUCGAGUGAAAUUCUUUCAAUAGACUUCAACCCUAGUUGCUCAUAUCAGUUAGCCUUCCAUCUUGACAAUGGCUGGUCUGGAGCCUUGAACAUUAACACCCUCAGUGUGAGUCACCUGCACUGCCCUCCUCCUGAUUGGUUGGAGCACAUGAACUUCAUGUGGCAAAAGCUACAUAGAAAACCGACCUGGUUGCCGACAUCUUCAAUUUAUGCAGUUGGAUCUGCCUCCAAUACUGUUGGCAUGCAUCUACUGGAUUUUCAUCCAGAUACAAGUUCAGCAUGCCAUGUCGACUACAAUGAGGAAAUAAGAGGCUCCGAUGAAAAGAAACCUGCAGCAAACAAGUUUAUUCCUUCAUCUCAGAGAGUUGUUUCCUGUGCAGCACAUCCCUUCUGUCAUACUAUACUUGCCGGUACUCAGUUUUCAUCUUUGCUCGUGUUAUCGCAAAAGCAAGAGUCUAUCAAAAACUCGGAGUAGCGGUGUCAUGGAACAAUCUUGAUUUGCCUCCAAGACAAUAUCUCCAAAUGCAGUCACAGUGCUCUACAUUAGCUCGUGGGCCGUCCUGCAUCGGAGAAUGAUCAGCCGCAUGGGAGCACAAUCUAUUGGUCCCACCACAGAGGCUCCCAACCUGAUCGACCGGUCAAAAAGAACUAAAUCUCUUGGCGUUACAUGAUUCGAUCUUCUGCCAGUGCAUUGCCUCCAAGAUGGGCGACAGAUUUCUGUGUUGCAACCGACCAUGUAUGUACUUUCAUGGCAUGCUCCUAGGGGCUCUGAAGGUUCGCUUACCUGUACAUGAUUUCCCCCGUUCCCUGAACUCCCUAUCUCUGUAGAUCGUACAUAAGUUGUGUUUCCCAGUUUCUCGCAAUGUCGGUGUAUCUCCUGGAUGUAAUACUGUAUAAUGAACUGCUUCAUCCGUUCCAAAAUAUAACAUACUGGUACUAGAUUAUACAUAA